ACGCUCGCUCCUCCCCGCGCGUCCCCGAUCAACCUCCAGUUCCACGAUCCGUCCGGUUGCCGAAAGUCUUCGCGUUUCACCCGUUUCCCGUCGCUUAAACCCGGCCAGACCGCAAGCACACGAGCGGAACCCGAUGGCUUCGACGACUUCUGACGGUUCCGAGCAAGAGUCGGCGAACCAGAGCGAACAAAACGGCGAUGGGAGCGAGUCGGGCCUGCGCGCCGCCGAUCCGGAACCGGCCGUUAAGAUGGACGGAGUGCAGACUGACGAGAAGCUCAACGGACACCAGUCUACCGAACAAAGCCCGGUGGAAGCCACGCGGGGAGACGGCGGUAACGACGAGGAUGUCGAGACGGAAGCGGAGCCGGAGAAAGAGCCACAGAAGAGCCCCGGUAGCGCAGACGGGACGGUGGAGCAGAUAAAAGGAGAACAAAGAGGGGAUGAAAAUGCGUCUUCACCGGCGGAGAAAAACAGCGGCGGCGCCGGCGGAGGAUUGAAGAGGCGCGCGAGCCUGGAGAUGAUGAGCUCGUCGUCGGACGGAGAACCGCUCAGCCGCAUGGACUCGGAGGACAGUAUCAGCAGUACUCUCAUGGACAUGGAGAGCAUCGCAUCCAGUGGUCGUUCCACUCCAGCUAUGAUGAACGGUCACGGUGGGGCUUCUUCCUCCUCCACGAAGGGCUCAUCUUACCCCUGCUGCUGGGAUCAGUGCCACAUGCUGUUCAACACCAGCCCGGACCUGGCCGAACACAUCCGUGGAGUGCACGUGGACGGACAGCGCGGCGGGGUUUUCGUGUGUCUUUGGAAAGGCUGUAAGGUGUAUAACACACCAUCCACCAGUCAAAGCUGGCUCCAGAGACACAUGCUGUCACACAGCGGAGACAAACCUUUCAAGUGUGUGGUGGGCGGUUGCAAUGCCACUUUUGCCUCCCAGGGGGGGCUAGCGCGCCACGUGCCAACCCACUUCAGCUCCCAGAAUUCCUCCAAACUCUCAAGCCAAACCAAGGUGAAGGAAGAGUCGCCUUCCAAAGCGGGCAUCAACAAACGGAGGAAACUCAAGUACAAACGGCGACGGUCGUUGCGUAAGUCGCGACCUCACGACUUUUUUGACGCUCAGACCAUGGAUGCAAUCCGUCAUCGUGCCAUUUGCCUCAAUCUGGCGACCCAUAUUGAGAGCCAGGGCAAGGGCCACAGCGUCGUGUUUCACAGUACGGUGAUUGCCAGGCGAAAGGAGGAUUCUGGGAAGGUGAAGGUGCUGCUUCAUUGGAUGCCGGAGGACAUACUUCCAGACGCUUGGGUCAGCGAGAGUGACCGUCCCCAGCUGAAGACCAAAGUGGUCCACCUCUCCCAGCUUCCUCAGGACACAUCGGUACUGUUGGACCCCAACGUGUACAGGAUGUUUUUCUAGAAGACUGGGUGGGGAGGGCGGCUUCUGUCAGUGCCUGCUGACGUGCCCAAACCGAAGUGGACGCGCAGAUCUUUUGAGACGGGACUUCUUUUCCCUUUGCUCCCCCCACUUUUUUCUUUUCUUUUUAAUGCUCAGAGUCUGCCAAAGCAUGCAGUGAAUUUUUAAUGUGUGUUUUUAUCCCUUGAAGAGGGAAAAAAAAGGCACGAAAUUGUGAACUCUGUCGAUGCUGGACUUUUAACUAUCUGGGAGGAUGGCUUGUGUUCCACGGUUGAAGUUUUCAUUUUCCUUCCCUACAAAUCCUCAAAUCUGCUGACGAGCUCUUACAACUAUUUUUCCUUUUUGUCAAGAAAGUGCCCAUGUAAAUAUUCCAGGAGAUUUGUAAUAUAUUUUUGUACUUGGGAAAUUUUACUGUACUGUAGAUAGACGUAACAACAAGCCACGGGCUAAGAGAAAACAUAACUGUACAGAAUGUGAUAGCUAAAUAGUUUUGGAUCAUGUGAAUGCUUCCAUAGACUUCCCAUUUUUUGCUAGUAUGAGAAUCAAUCGAGUGAUUUUUCUUUUUCUUUCCCGAACACGUGCACAGACUCUUUUAACUGCUGCUCCACCUACUGAUGAUGAUGAGGAUGAUGGGAUGUUCUCGUCCUUCCGUGUGCGCCGUUUGUGCAUUUGCUCAAGCCAAGGAGUGUAUAGACCUCUCAAUGUAAUGGUGCUAAAGCUAACACUAGCGUUUAGGCUAAUGCACAUAGGAGAACUAUAGGAUCAAUAAUGAUGGUGCUUCUUAGAUUAUGUAAUAAUCCCCUGUUCCCCGUACUUAGAGAUCAUAACUCUUGUCUUUUUUAGUAAAGCUGAAAAUUCCAAAAAAAAAAUAAAUGCAGUUUUUUGUUUGUUUGUUUGCAGCUAACGCUGGUUCCAGCCCAUAUAAACCUCGUGUUUCUCACACAGGACUGUUGUUUAUGAGCAGUGAGGAGGCCAGGGGCAUCUGGGAGUCGUUUUAUUGGGGCAGAUUUGCAAGCGUUGACGCGUAGGCCGUCUGCCAGGACCUUUAGCUCAGCGUCAGACGUGCACACAUGCCUGCUGGACACCUGACCGUCUGCUUUUGAGUUUAUAUAAAAUGGGUUUUCCGUCUCGUCUUCGUUUAGUGUCGAGUUUGCAUAUGUUCUAAUUCUAUUAUAAGGGUGUUCUGUGUCUAACGCAAUAGAGACAUGCUGCAUUUUUUUGGUGUUGAUGUGACAAGUGUAGUUGUAGGCAAUGUUCGCAUUGUGUUUGGGUCUGUGUUUGACUUUCCAAAUGAGUUUUUAUAGUCUAAGGUACCACUGAGUAACAAGCGCAUCUUAAUUGCGAGUAAUACACAACAGCUGCAGUCUGUCGGUCCGCGUACAAUGGGACUGUUUGUCCUAAAGAAACUAUAUAAUCAGAGCUGCACAUGACUGGUUUGUUUUAUUUAUUUUUUGGAGAAACUACUGAAAAUACACCUGGCCGAAAUGGGCUAAACCGACACCAGAAUAAAGGUGAAUAACUAAAAAAGUAUAUUUACAUUUUCUCUAAAAUAAAUUACAAAUUGCAAAAAUUAA